UCUACCCUUCAACAUGUGUAGGUAUAGUUAUGUUCCUUUGUCAUUAGCUUUAGCUAAAACGCAGACAAAUCACAGUUGCAGUUUUGUGUGCUUGUAUGAGUUAGUCGUCCAUGGAUUUCUUUGGUUAUCUUUUUUCAAAAUAACUGCCUUGAGUUCAUUAGGGGAGCAGAUCAUAAGGAGGGAGCUCCCUAAGUGACUUAACAUUGUGAAGAAUGAGAAUCAAGGAGCUCCCUCCUUAUGAUCCCGAUGGUACUACAUCAGGGCUAAAGGAUCUUGUCUAUUUGACAAAAUCAUUUACUAGCACACACUUCAAUGUCUAGAUUAUGCACUUCUAUCAGUUUUUAAUUUUCUUCUCCUGUAGCGUCAGGGACCAUCGUGCUAUUUUACUGCUUUGGUUAUACCAGCAAACUUUUCUCGCCUCUGGCUUACUAUCGUUCGACUCAUAUUUAGCGACAUGGGAAUAAUCCAUUUUUCGUGGUAUUAUGAGGUUGCUCGAUUUCUGGCUGCAGGUGGACAGCGCCAACAAGUACGAGAUCUUGCUGGAGGUGGUUUAGGUGAUGACCGACCUGAAGCUGAUCAUCAAGCGGGCCUACAUUUCCUCCCACGACGAGUGGUUCAUGAACGGUGAGUGGCGCUGCCUCCCCCUGCUGUCUUUAGGAAGUUAAGAUAGGUGAAAGGAAGACGGAACCUUUCUAGGGUGAUGUAAAGCCUGGCUUUUACUUGGACUGUGUAAUAUUUCUAUUUUCUUUCCUCCCCCUCCCCCGAACCUGAUGUGUGUUGUGUGUGGGGCUUUGCUUCGCCUUUCUGCAGGUACUAAACCAACUUUCCUUCAUGUUGCUUUCUAAAUAUAUUGUGUCUAUGUAUCUACAUAUAAAUUAUGAUUACUAAGCAUGUAUUGUUUCUGAGUACCAGGUUAUAUAAAUAGAGUGUGGAUACAGGAACCUUGUCAGACAACGCUACAUGUCUGCAAUAGCUCCAAAUCAAUUGCGAAUGAACCUUGCCUAUAAGCACAAAGCAGAAAAAGCUGUCGUGGAUUAUGGCUUUCAUAUGGCCUGAUAGCCAUUACAAAGUGGGAUGAUGAGGUUGCAAGGGAAAUGGAAGUCAUGGUUAGGGAAUGUGGGAUAAAUUCUUUCAGGUUUUUCAUGACAUAUAAAGGCCUGUUGAUGGUCACCGAUGACCUCCUCCUGCAAGGCCUAAGAAAUGCAAGUCGCUUAGUGCCUUUGGUAUGGUUCAUGCAGAGGAUGGUGAUGUUGUUGCCGAGGGACAACAACAGGGAAGCUGACAUGCGAACAGUGAGCGAGAGAACGAAUUCUAGAGUUGCCUGGUUCAGCAUCCUGUCAUUAGGAGUCUGCGUUGCCAUCUCUGUGCUGCAGCUGUGGCACCUUCAAGGGUUCUUCCGGAAGAAGAAGCUCAUUUAAAUUCACGUUUUAUCGGUGUGUACUUCCCGUGUUAACUACCAUAGAUGGACAAUUGUCAAAUUUAUUUCAAAAAGGAAACUUGUAUGAUGGACAAAACAGGUCGUUGAUACAUGACUUGAAACUAGCAACCUAUAUUCCGUGGAAUUGAGAUCGACAUUCCAUCUUGAUUGCCUUGCAGCUGCUGGUAAAUAAUGAGUGCUACGUGCAAUUUUUCUCAUUA